GACCCCCCAUGAACCUGCGACUUCCUCUUUCUCAGAUUUCAUGGCGAUCGGGAGAGAGGGAAGACCACCGACGCACGCAAACUGUCCAGACACCUCAACACGACUGAAAGACAUUUCUUGGGUGAGAUCUGAACAGACGUGAGUCGCAGACAGAACAGACACUGAGUGGAUUCUCCUGCUGGUGUUGCUCAGUGGGUAGUAGUGGUUUCUCGUGCUGGUGUUCUGUUGAAGGGGCUCCGUAGUGCUCUGUGCUGUUUUGCUGUGUCCUGGGUUAGGACUGCCAGCCUAUGGCUCUAAUGGACAAGCACAAAGUCAAGCGGCAGAGACUUGACCGCAUCUGUGAGGGCAUCCGCCCCCCCAUCCUGAACGGGCCCAUGCACCCUCGGCCCCUGGUGGCCCUGCUGGACGGGCGAGACUGCACCAUAGAGAUGCCCAUCCUGAAAGACGUGGCCACUGUGGCCUUCUGUGAUGCCCAGUCCACCCAGGAGAUCCAUGAGAAGGUGUUGAACGAGGCAGUGGGGGCUCUGCUCUACCACACCAUCACUCUCUCUAGAGACGACCUGGACAAGUUCAAAGGCCUCCGAGUCAUCGUCAGGAUCGGCAGUGGCUUUGACAACGUCGACAUCAAAGCUGCAGCUGAGCUUGGCAUCGCGGUGUGUAACGUGCCGGCGUCGUCGGUGGAGGAGACGGCCGACACAUCCUUAUGUCUGAUCCUAAACCUGUACCGUCGGGUCACCUGGAUGCAUCAGGCCCUGAGGGAGGGCACCAGGGCCUCCAGCGUGGAGCAGAUCAGGGAGGUAGCCGGCGACGCUGCCCGCAUCCGGGGGGAGACGCUGGGCAUCAUCGGCCUGGGUCGUGUGGGCCAGGCGGUGGCUCUGCGGGCCAAGGCGUUUGGUUUCGGGGUGAUCUUCUACGACCCCUACCUGCCUGAUGGUGUGGAGCGCUCCCUGGGUCUGCAGAGGAUGGCUACCCUCCAGGACCUGCUCAUUCACUCUGACUGUGUUUCUCUACACUGUAGCCUCAACGAACACAACCACCACCUCAUCAAUGACUUCACCAUCAAACAGAUGCGUCAGGGAGCGUUCCUGGUGAACUCUGCGCGGGGGGGUCUGGUGGAUGAGAAGGCUCUGGCUCAGGCCCUGAAGGAAGGACGUAUACGAGGAGCUGCGCUGGACGUCCACGAGACAGAGCCCUUCAGUUUCUCACAGGGCCCUCUGAAAGAUGCUCCCAACCUCAUCUGUACCCCCCACACCUCCUGGUAUAGUGAGCAGGCCUCCAUCGAGGCCAGAGAGGAGGCAGCCAGGGAGGUGCGCCGGGCCAUCACUGGUCGUAUUCCAGACAGUCUGAAGAACUGUGUGAAUAAGGAAUAUCUGAUGGCAGCGUCACAGUGGCCCAGUAUGGAGGUUGCGACAGUCCACCCCGAACUCAACAUAGCCUCAGCAUACAGGUUUCCUGCAGGUCUGAUCAGUGUGGCAGCAGGGGGUUUGACAGGGGCAGGUGCAGGGGUAGAGGCUCUGGCCCUGGCUCACGCCAUCACCCCUGUGUCCCAUCCCCCCCACGCCCCAUCGCCAGGGCAACCCAGCAAGGCUGAGGCAGACAGAGACAUCUCCUCUGACCAAUAGCACCCCAACAUUCCUUCAUCACCCCUGGAAACCAACAACCCACCCCCUCCCACCAUUUUCAUCAUUACCACCGACCUCAGGCAGAUUGACACUGGGGUUCCGGUUUGAUCCGGUUUCAGCUGGAUCCUUCAAAACACAGUACCAGUCCAGGAGUGACCCGCCCGUCCACAACAUGCCCCCUCUCCCCCUCCGGAACCCCUUCCUCGGACCUCCCUCAACCCCUCCCCCUUACCUCCAUAUCCCUCCACACCUUCAGCAAUAACUCUCUUCUCAAGGAUUCAAUAAUUGGAUUGGUAUAUUUCUUGAGUUGUAUUUUUUUGGGGGGGUGAAAGCAAAACAUUUUUUUGCUGUUGAUCUGUUAUGAUUGUAGGUGUUUUUGUUUUGAGUAGCAUUUCUGCAGUGAGGCUGGACUGUGAGGCUAGCUGUUUUCUCCCUGGUUGUUUUGAUCAGUGAGAGAGGAGUGAAGGUUUGGCCCAUCUCUCUCUCUGACAUCUCUCUCUCUCUCUCUGCCUACAUCUCUCUCUCUCUCUGCCUACAUCUCUCUCUCUCUCUGACAUCUCUCUCU